GUGGCUCCUCCCAGGGGGCUGGGGGCGAUGGAGCCGAGGUAGGUGGUACACGCUGAGAGUGGCUAUGCGCCGGGCCACCACGUUGCCUGUCCUCCGUGCCGGUAUGAACACGCAACUUCGGCACUGGCGAGAGGCGGCUACUCUGCUGCUGGCUGCCGGGUGCGGGGCGCCGGCCCGGCCGAUGCGGUCCCUGCUAGGCCCCUUUGACUACGAGAUGCUGCUGCUGCAGCGGAGCCCUCGGAGCGGCUUCCUGCCCAGCGCCCACGUCUUCCCAGGCGGCCUGCUGGAGGCGGCCGACUUCUCUGCUGACUGGCUGGGGCUGCUGCCCGCCUUGCCCCGCUGCGGGCUGGGCUCCGUGCGGCCGUCGCCGCCGGGCGGAAACCGAGCUCCGGUCUUCGCCACCGACCGGGCUGACCUUGGCUCGCCGCUGCUGGGGGACGUGGCCUUCCGCAUCUGCGCCAUCCGGGAGACCUUCGAAGAGGCGGGCAUCCUGCUCCUGGUGUCGGGCCCCGGUCCCGCCGCUGAUCCCGGCCCGGCCCGCUUGCUGCCUCAGCACCACCUGCCGCCGGGUCCGGAGCUCGCCGAGUGGCGGCGACGGGUGCAGCAGGACCCGGCCUGCUUCCUACAGCUCUGCCGUUACCUGCGCUGCGUCCCCAACAUUUGGGCGCUGCACGAGUGGGGCAACUGGUUGACUCCGGUGCCCAGGGCUGGCCGGGGUGACCGGCGCUACGACACUGCCUUCUACCUGUGCUGCCUUGAGGAGCGGCCUCCGUACACGUCGGAGGACGAGCAGGAGGUGACAGGCUUCCAGUGGUCAACCCCUCCAGAAGCUCUUGAACUCUUUAAAUCUCAAGAAAUAUGCUUUGCUCCACCUCAGUUUUAUGAAUUAUGUAGGCUGUGCAACUUUUCUUCACUUUGUGACCUGCAUAGGUUUGGUUCUGAUCGUGCAUUAGAAGGGUGUGAACGUUGGAUGCCUGUUACUUUGGCUGCUUCGGAUGGCUACAUUCAGUUGUUACCAGGAUGAGUUAUAGCCCCAUCCUACUGGCAUUAUUUGGGCAAUGGAUCUGAUCCUGCUAAACAAGAGUCCCAAACAUUGCAGUAUUCCGAGUGAUUAUUAGCUAGUCCAUCUUUUUAAUAUCUUUAUUUCUUGCUACUACCUGCCUAUUUAAACAUUUUAGAUUUUACCUUCUUUCCUCUGCUUUUUUUUUUGGCAAAAGGGCAUAAAUUGUAUCUUUACGUUGCUAUUUUCUGCUUCUUGUUUUUUUCUGGUCAUCUUCUCUCUAAUUUUCUUAUUUAUUACAAUUGGUCUUUCUUCUGUCUCCUAAUUUCCUUUCUGUAUUUUCAUCAUAUUACAUUUGCUCUCCAUAAAAGGCUGGAAAAGAUUAUUCCACCAAGAUCAGUUUUUAAACAAAGCUGGGUAAUCUGAUCUGCUUUCUGUUCUUAGUCUGCCACAACUUCUUGUGUAAAGUGGGAAAGUCACUUAAUCUCUGCUUCAUUUGUCCAUCUAUAAUCUGUAAUUUCUUAUGUCAAGGAUGCACUGAGACCAUAUUCAUUAGUGUACAUGAGGUUCUUGGAUAUUUCUUUAUUUGUAUGUAAUGGAAAAAAUAAAUACAUUUUACUAUCUGAAAAAGCUGCCUUUGAACUUGAAUGUUCCAUUAGAUUCCAGAUUUAUUGCAACAUCUGGAACCUGCAGUGUUACAUUCCUGAUGGCUAUUAUGGAAUUUCAUGGCCAUCUUGAAAUUUGGGAAAGAUUGGAAGUAAUUUUCUUUUAAAUAUGAUUGUACGCUGAACUCCAUUUCCACACAUUUUCAAAUACUGAUAAUAAAGGAGCUUGUAUCCUAAAAAUGGCUAGAUCACUGAAAAAUAAAAGUAUUUAAUUAAAACUUAAUAUUUUUCAGGAGAUGAGCUAUAUCCGAAAGAUCCAGAUUAUACAGGAGAAAAGAAACUUUUUUUGUCUACAGAUAAGAAGGUUGAAGAGCUAAUGAAAGAAGACAGUAAACUUCACCGAGUUGUAAUACAAAACCUUAACAAUCUUACUGUCCAUGUUAAUAUCCAACCAAAAUAUAAACACAUCAAUCCACUAAAGAUGGACUCUAAUAUAGUGGGAAGUAAUGCAGAUUGCAAUAGCAGACUCUAAUAUAUCAUCUCUUUUUAAAAUUCUGUAUGUAUCAAAUUUUAUAUAUUUUAGUGCAGUUAGUCCUUUGUGACAGUUGCUAAGUGGUUAGCCCUGGAGGCUGAAGUCUUCAUUUGCCAAAGAACAGGUCAGGUACAUCAUGGGCGUCAACAGUACAAGCUUCUUUAUAUUGCCAUGCCAGUGUAUCUCAGACAAGAUCAGGAGAGGCUACUUUGGGUAAGAGAAGGGUUCAGACUUCAUAUAUAGUUAGUACUUUGAACAAAUGUGCCAGUUGUGAUGUGGACACAUGUUCAUUGUGAUGUGGACACAUGUUCACUGAGAACUUGAUGUAAACUACCAACUUAAUUCAUGUUGUUCACCAAAGAGCCAUUAUAUGGUAAUGAUAUUUGGCCGUUGCCAACGUAUGUCAUAAAAGUGGACUAGUCUGUAACCCAUGUCCCUUGAACAAUUCAGUUUCCUUUUCUCAUUGAGUACUGAAAUAUUCUUGUCGCGCUUAGAAUUUAGCUAGCUCUUCUAUUCUGCUUCCAAAAGAUAUCUUUUGUAUCACACUAAUAUGUUAAUGUGUCUACAAAUGUAAUUAGAGGAGUUUUCCAUUGUAUGACUGCAUUUCCUACUCUCAUCUUCAGGAAUCUCAACAUGUGUUCAUUAAGUUAACUUAUUUGCCAACUAUAUUUUGUUUAUAACUGUUCAAUAAAUGUUUAUUUUCAGUA